GCCGCCAGAACGCGCAUCGCACAAUGGCGAGGUCCGCUCUUUGGUUUCUUGUGGCCACCACCAUCGCCAUCGUUACGAUCGCUAGCGAUCCGGUGCGUGCUGAUGACCAACGGCAGUGGCGACGUGUAAAGCGUCAAUUCUUCGCUCCACCAAGUGCCGAAUGCGUCAUUACCGAGGCGGAAGUGGAGCAGAUCGUGGAGCUGACCCGGUACAUCGAUGGUUACCGUCGAUCCUCAUCGCCAUCGUCGUCGUCGAAGGCGUCACGCAAACGACCGGUCCAGCAACAACCGAUUUCGGACGAGUGUGACCGGACGUUGGGUGAGCUGAAGCACACGCUGCAGAACGUGAUGACGCGGUACGAUACGCUGCAGCAGGAGGCACUCGAGGUGACCCGGUACGAGCAGCUGAAGGCCCAGCAGGAGUCGGUGAUCACCGAGAUGGUACGCCAGGUGGACAAUCUGAAGCGGGAAGCCGAGCAGCGGUACAAGGCGGAGGUCGAGAAGCUGCGGAACAGUUUGCAACGGUUGCAGCGCCGUUUGGCCGAAAAUUUGCGGUUGCUGGAAGAGGAACGGUUGCUCGCACACCAGACCCGGCGUAAGCUGUGCGUUACGUACAUUCAGGGGGGUAAGGUGGCGGAAGCGGCGAGUGUUUUUCGGGCGCUGAAUGGGAGUUACAGUGUGGUGGAGGUGCUGAAUGAUACGUAUCGGGGUGAGGCCGCCGUAGUGGUGCCGUUGGUGCUGUUUUAUAAGGCGUUGUGGGACGAUGCGCAAGCGUUUCGGACGAUCGACGCGCUGGAGGAACUGUACCGGCAGGUCGAGCAUAAUAAUCAGCUCGAUCGGGUACACUGCCGGGAGAUGUUCUACUCGAUGAGCACUCUGGAUAGGGCCUACACGGAUCCGGUUGAUGUUGCCCGGGUGCGGGCACUGUUCGAAAAGCUUAUGCUCAGGCUACGGGCGCUGACAAGUAACAGGGAUUAGUGGUUGCGCUUUGGUGGUUGAAAUAGAUGGGAACCAUCAUUACUUUUAUAUUUUUUUCUCUGCCUAUUGAGGAGAAAUCAAAAUAUAUUCACAUUUUUGCAUAAAAAGAUGUAAUAAAGUUUUCCUGUGCGUAUCAUA